UGUUUCAUGAACUCCAUCCUGCAGUGUCUGAGCAACACGAAGGAGCUCCGGGACUACUGCUUGCAGAACCAGUACAUGCAGGACCUCAACAGCAACAGCCGUAUGCACACCGCACUGAUGGCAGAGUUCGCAAAGCUGAUCCAGCGGCUCUGGAACUCGUCCCCCAACGCAGUGGUGAGCCCCUCGGAAUUCAAGACCCAGAUCCAGAGAUACGCGCCCGGCUUUGUCGGCUACAACCAGCAGGACGCUCAGGAAUUCCUGCGCUUCCUGCUUGAUGGACUCCACAGCGAGGUGAACCGGGUGCUAGUGCAACCCAGAUCCAACCUGGACGACCUGGACCACCUGCCCGAUGAUGAAAAAGGAAGGCAGAUGUGGCAGAAAUACCAGGAGAGGGAGGAUAGCCGAAUCGGGGAUCUCUUCGUCGGGCAGCUGAAGAGCUCCCUGACCUGCAGCGAAUGCGGCUACUGCUCCACGGCCUUCGACCCCUUCUGGGAUCUGUCCCUGCCCAUCGCCAAGAAGAGCUACAGCGAGGUGACCCUGUUGGACUGCAUGCGGCUCUUCACCAAGGAGGACGUGCUGGAUGGAGACGAGAAGCCGACCUGCUUCCGCUGCAAAACCAGGACGAGGUGCACAAAGAAGUUCAGCAUCCAGAGGUUCCCAAAGAUCCUGGUGCUUCAUCUGAAGCGCUUCUCUGAGGCCAGGAUACGAACCAGCAAGCUCACCACCUUCAUACAGCUUCCACUGAAGGACCUGGACCUGCGGGAGUUUGCUGCACAGAGCUGCAGUGAACCAUGCCUUUACAACCUGUACGCCGUCAAUCACUCCGGGACCACCAUCGGGGGGCACUACACAGCCUACUGCAAAAGCCCCGUGUCUGGCGAGUGGCACACUUUCAAUGACUCCCGCGUCACCCCGAUGUCCUCGAGCCAUGUGUGCCACAGCAACGCCUACCUGCUCUUCUACGAGCUGGCCAACCCGUCUUCCCGCAUGUAGCUCCUGCCCCCCCGCUCGGCCCCCCAGGAGCCUGGCAUGGCCACGCCGAGACGGGGAGACCCAGGACAGCCACGACUGUGGCAGGGAUUUCUAUU